AUGUCAUCAUCAACAGAUGUCACUCUUCAAUUCUCUGCAGAGCUCAAGAAAGUGCCCGGGGUUCUGUCCGUCACGCCCACCGCUGUCGCCUGGGUUCCCAGUGUACCGGGCACGAUGGAUCGUCAGUCACAAAACUUGAAUCGGGCUAUUGCAAUGUUCGCAUCCAAACCUACCUCCCCAAGGAUAUCCCUCAAGAUCACUUUCAAAGAUGAUAUCCCCUCGGGUGGUCUCACUUUCACAUUCACCUCUCCUACCUCCUCCUCUGAUCGUACGUCUGUACAAGAUCAUCUUAUCCCUUACAUCACAGCUAAUCGAGCUGCCUCUGCCCCCACCCCAGCAGGUCCUUCGACCCCUUUAACAGGCUCUACACCUGGGACACCAUCGGCUGUGGCAAAAGGUAAACGGAAAGCCGAUGAGACCCCCGAUGCGCCUGUGAGAACCCAAGGAUUGGAAUUUAAAAUCAGGAGGAGGGUGUUGGAGAAAAAUCCUAAUUUGAAAUUGUUACAUCGUGAACUCGUCUUGGGUGGUCAGAUUCAGGAAGAGGAGUUCUGGGAUGGUCGGGAGGCCCUACUUCACGCAGAAGAAAUGGAAUACGCUCAACGACCAGGUAGACCUUCUCGUCUACUAGACGAUCGUUUUGACCUCACUGGAACGAAGAAAUCCGCUGUGACAGUGGGAGGUACAGGUGUGGGAGUGAAAAAAGUUGAGAGUGGACCGGUUGUCCUGAACAUCACUAAAGAGCUCACGAGGGAAAUCUUUGAAGAAUUUCCAGUCGUCCAAGAUGCCUAUGCGAAGUUUGUACCAGGUAUAUCCGAGGCAGAGUUCUGGUCUCGGUACUUUACUUCACAAUUAUGGGAACAACACCGAGCCUCUGUUCGAAAGUCCACAGCGGAAGAAGGGGCGAAACGCCGAGACCCUAUAUUUGAUCAGUACCUCGAGGAACCGGAUUGGGAUGCACAACCGAAACAUGCACCUUCCGAUCAGAUCGAGCGGUUUCUUGAUCUGUCAGCUACAGAGGAGGAUCAUGGCGAAGCCAUCACUGUCCGCGACGUAACGAUGCAAGCUGGCAGAGAAAGAAGCUCUUUACCACUUAUGAGACGAUUCAACGAUCAUUCGCAAAAACUCUUGAGAGCAGGGCGGGAUCCAAGUCGAUUAAGUGAGAGUACACUUCCGGAAGACGUGAACAUUUACAACGAGAUUGACCUUGAAGAUCUACACUCUCCAGCUGCAUCAGGCACUAUAACGCUUCAAGUACGAGAUGAACCAAUCCGGAAGGAUGGAAAAGAAAAAGUUCUUCUGCCUGGUAAGACCCCAGAGGAACUCGCCGAUUUGGCGGAGAGAGAAACUCGCCGUAUCCUCAAUUGGACACCCGAUCUAUCUUCCGUCUCUCUUCAACCCCCGGCAGGAGGAUGGCAAGCCAACCGACUUGCAUCAACUUCCACGGGAGAUGAACUUCAACAAGCAGAAGCUUACGAAAAAUAUGCAGCUCAGAGAGAUGGUCAAAGUGCUGCUAUACAAGUUGUCAAGGACAUGUAUGUGGCUAGUAAUUUGGAAAGGGUGGAAUUGCCCGCAAUACCAGAUGAACUCCUCCACCAAAUCCGAUCUUGUCACAAUGCCGCCACUGAAUUUCUCCGUCAAUACUAUUCUGCCACCCUUCCUAAUCCUUCCAACCCUAACCUCACUCCUGCGGCCGUAUCAGCCAGAUCGACCCGAGCUACUAAAAUGGCACAAUAUCUCCGUGGGACAGAAGCUAAAGUAAACGCUGUGGUACAUACCGCUCAAAUCGCCGGUGUGGAUCCAGAGAGGGUUAGAGCUGUUUUGAGUUGUACGGUUGGAGCGGUGAGGUUAGCUUUGAUCAGAGAAGAGAGGAGAAAGGGGUUUAGUUGA